AUGUUCAGGCGUGCACGCAGAGAUACUACUGUCGAGUUACUCCAAGCCGCAGAGAGUGGCAACAUGGAAGAUUUUAUGCGGCUCUACCUCAGCGAGCCGUCUCGUCUCAGCGUUUCUGACCCCCGAGGUCGAACGGCGGCCCACCAAGCUGCGGCCAAGAAUAACACCAACAUCCUCCUCUACAUCCACAACUACGGGGGCAAUUUGGGUGCCCGAGACAAUGCAGGCAAUACUCCAUUACAUCUGGCAGUUGAAAAUGAAGCGCUAGAUGCCAUUGAAUUUCUUCUGCAGCAAAAUGUUGAUACCUGUGCGCUGAAUGAAAAAUCACAGGGGCCGAUUCACCUAGCGACGGAAUUAAAUAAGGUGACUGUACUGCAAUUGUUCGUAAAAUACAAGCAUAUGUUCGACGUUGAUCUCGGCGGUGAGCAUGGCCGCACUGCACUGCACUUCGCUGCUAUUCACGACCAUGACUUGUGCGCCAGAAUUUUGCUAUCAGACCUGGGUGCGGAUUGCAAGCGUCCGUGCAACAACGGGUACUACCCGAUCCACGAAGCAGCGAAAAAUGCGUCUUCGCGCACCAUGGAAGUGUUACUGCUGUGGGGGGAGUCUAAGGGCGGCACUCGCGAACAGAUGAUGUCUUUGUACGAUAAUGAAGGCAACGUGCCGCUGCACUCGGCCGUACACGGCGGUGACAUAAAGGCCGUUGAACUCUGCAUCCGAUCUGGCGCAAAGAUCUCAACUCAACAGCAUGAUUUAUCAACACCCGUACAUCUCGCUUGUGCACAGGGUGCUUUGAAAAUUGUCGAGCUAAUGUUCAAAAUGCAAGAAAAAGAGAAGAAGGCUUGCCUGGUUUCGUGCGAUGUCCAGAAAAUGACACCGCUGCAUUGCGCAGCCAUGUUUGAUCAUCCAGAUGUAGUCGGUUACUUGAUCGCGGAAGGCUCAGACAUAAAUCCUUUGGACAAAGAAAAAAGAUCACCCUUGUUACUUGCUGCAUCCCGGGCCGGUUGGCGUACAGUUCACAAGUUGAUUGGAUUAGGAGCUGAUAUCGAACUUAAAGACAUAAAUUCAAGGAAUUUAUUGCACCUGGUUGUAAUGAACGGCGGACGUCUCGAAGAUUUCGCCAUCAAUUGCAAAGAUCGCUGCGAGAAAAGUCUUAGCUUAUUGUUAAAUGAGAAGGAUAACACCGGCUGCUCACCGCUGCACUACGCUAGUCGAGAGGGGCACAUCAAGUCGUCCAGGAAUCUCAUCCGUCUGGGAGCAUGCAUUAAUCCCAAGAACAACAAAAACGAGAGCCCGCUUCAUUUCGCCGCAAGAUACGGUCGUUACCACACGGCGUGUCAACUUCUCGACUCAGACAAGGGCACGUUUAUAAUCAACGAAAGCGAUGGCGAGGGCCUCACACCGCUGCAUAUUGCGUCCCGUGAGGGCCACACCAGGGUUGUGCAGCUGUUAUUGAAUCGCGGGGGCCUUCUUCACCGUGACCACCAUGGACGUAAUCCUCUGCACUUAGCCGCCAUGAGUGGCUUCACUCAAACUAUAGAACUUCUACACUCCAUUCACUCCCAUUUACUCGAUCAAAUUGAUAAAGAUGGAAAUACACCUCUACAUCUAGCCACUAUGGAAAAUAAACCAAAUUCCAUUGCUCUGCUAUUAUCUAUGGGAUGCAGUCUCACCUACAACAGGCGUGACAUGAGCGCAAUUGAUUAUGCCAUCUAUUACAAGUUUCCGGAGGCAGCCCUCGCUAUGGUCACUCACGAGCUAAGGGCGAAGGAAGUAAUGGCUCUACGUUCAGAUCGCCAUCCUUGUGUAACACUUGCUCUGAUAGCAUAUAUGCCUCGAGUGUUCGAAGCUGUUCAAGACAAAUGUAUUACCAAGGCUAACUGCAAGAAGGACUCCAAAAGUUUUUACAUCAAGUACAGUUUCGAUGCUCUAUGCCCUCAAAUAAAAGACCAAGAGGGAAAUAGGAAGGCUGAUAACGUCCUAAAAUCGGUGGACAUUCCAUUACCGGCACUUAAUGCAAUGGUUUCACACGUUUACAAUUGUCUCUGCCUAAUACGAGAGGCCUACAACAUUAAGCAACAGAAGUUCCAUUACUUGGUUGAUCCUUCAAACUUAGUCUCUUGGAUAUUGUACGUCAGCUCCACCAUGACUGUGAUCCCUUCAGUUUUUAGUGAUAACUGUGAACUUCAGUUUUCUGCGGCUUCUAUAACGGUGUUCUUGGCUUGGUUUGAACUGCUCUUACUUCUUCAACGCUUCGAUCAGUGCGGCCUUUACGUCGUAAUGUUCUUGGAAAUCCUGCAGACGCUAAUCAAAGUGUUAAUGGUGUUCUCGAUCCUGAUCAUCGCCUUUGGUUCUUCAUUUUAUAUUCUUCUCUCCAAAGGAAACCAUUUGUCCUUUAGCAGCAUGUCAAUGUCAAUUAUUAGGACGUUUGCAAUGAUGCUUGGAGAACUCGACUUCGUUGGAACCUAUGUACAGGCAUAUUAUAACUCUGAUACCAAGGCCUUACUACCAUUCCCAGAAGCUACAUUCUUCAUAUUGGCACUGUUCAUGAUCUUAAUGCCAAUCCUCUUAAUGAAUCUGCUCAUCGGUUUAGCUGUGGGUGAUAUUGAAAGUGUACGCAGAAACGCUCAACUUAAACGUUUGGCGAUGCAGGUGGUCUUACACACUGAACUCGAAAGAAAACUCCCAAGAAUGCUACUCGAAAAAAUAGACAAACAUGAACUGAUCGAAUACCCAAACUCAAAUCAGUGCAAAUUGGGGUUUUUGGACUUUAUACUCAAGAAAUGGUUCUGCAACCCGUUUACUGAUAACACAGGACUAGAUCUCGUUCUGGAGAACAAUGAAGAUUACAUUUUGGUGGAAUUGAAUAAACAAAAACAACGACUGCGAGACAUGAAGAAGCUUCUGGAACAACAAUAUAUGCUUUUACGUUUGGUAGUUCAGAAAAUGGAGAUUAGAACAGAAGCUGACGACGUCGACGAGGGAGUUUCACCGAGCGAGUCUCGCUACGCUCCUCGCUGGAGCUCACCGAGGGCUUGCAAGAAACUGAGGACCGCUACCUCAUUUAACAAAGGUGUC